AUGGUUUGCGGUCCAAAGUGUUCCGGGUUUCUUUUGUUCAUCUCACUUUGGGGAACACUAUUCCUGCUUGUUGUUGGUGGUUUAUUUUAUAAUGAAAGCGUUGGACUGUUGGAAGAUAUACCUAAAGAAACAAAUAAAUCAGCGCCGUGGGAUGUAAGAAUAAAUGAUAUAAAGGAUCUUUAUCAUCAAAAUGCUUACAAUUCUUGGGUAGCUGCAGCAAUUAAUUUCGCCAUAUUUGUAUUAUCCAGUAUUCGAUUAUGGUGUCUUUGCAGGACCAAAUAG